GUGGGAAAACAAAUUGAUACGUGAUAUGUAGAUUAAAUCCAAAUUGGUCAAACACGUGCAUGGGUAGGGAGAAAAAAGGAAUCGAAUAUGAAAAUUACGCACAAUGAUUCUCCAAGUGGCUAUCAAUGCAUUUGGAGCGAUUUAGCCGACCAUCCAAAAUGCCCACAUGGACCAACACUGCGGUUUGGCCGAUACGUCGACAGUGAAUAUAAACAGUUUUAUGCAUGUUCGGCGUGCCGAGAUAGGAAGCUAUGUUCGUUUUACUUGGAGCAUGGAAGCAAGCCAACGAAGCACCAAAAACUGGCCUGGGAACUUGAGGCGAAGAAAGUUUUACCUCGCUAUGAUCAUCAGAAAAUGUUUAUUUUACUGAAUGAGAUAUUGGCGACAAAUCCAAUUAGAAGAAUCUACUGCCAUGAUUGUGGGCGUCUCUCUUUUGUCUCUGAAAAACACAAACACAGGGGUCACGAUAUAAUUGAAAAUCUUACGGACCAUCAGCUGCGUCAUCCUACUGAAUUUCUGAGACCUCUUGAAAAUCCCAAGAAGGAGGCCCAAUAUUUAUUCUCUGACCAAUCAGUCAGCGAUAUCAUUUUCAUGCUCCUCAAUCUAGGCGCUAAGCAUAUCUUAUGCAUAGGAACACCAAGAAUUCACGAAUACCUUGUGAAUCAUCACGACGAUAAAGUCUCAAGUUUGCUCUUAGAUUUUGACGGGAGAUAUCAUAAUUUCUAUGGCCCCUUGAGUUUCUGUUGGUACAAUCUUUUCAAUCACCAUUUCUUUCAUGAAGAAUCAAAAGAUGUCUUGAAGGAUUUUCUCACACAAGACGGUGGCAGGGAUACUUAUAUAAUUUGUGAUCCACCAUUCGGCGGACGUGUUGAACCUAUUUCUCAAACAUUGAAAACAAUUUAUGAUUUACACAGAAAGUGGAAUAAAAUUGAUGCGGACAGUGUUGCAUUGAAAACGAUGUUCAUUUUUCCGUAUUUUAUGGAAGCUGUGCUGAGAGAAAAAUCAAACCCACCUGGGAUAUUGGGAGGUCUGAGAGAUCUGAAAAUGUUCGACUACAAAGUGGAUUAUCAAAAUCAUCCGUUGUUCGUGAAAUCGCCAGAUAAAAUCUUAGCAACACCGGUUCGCAUAUUUACAGAUAUAGAUUUAAGUUUAUUGACGCUACAAUCUCAUCGCGGUUAUAAGCACUGCAAGAAAUGUAACAAAUGGACAUUCGAGGAGAAUAAACAUUGUAAAAAAUGUGCAGCGUGCACUUCCAAAGAUGGACGAAGGUACAGACACUGCAAUAUUUGUGCCCGCUGCGUCAAACCGACGUGGAAACACUGUAAGAAAUGCAAUCGAUGCACCUUAGAAACUCACAAGUGCGGUGUAGUUCCGAAAAUUACUGGGCAAUGCUUCAGAUGCAAUGAAUUUGGUCACGUGGAAAAAACUUGUACGAAAGAUGCUGGAAAUAUUUCUAACUCAAAAGUGAAAAGCAACGACACGACACUGAAAGGAAAGAAGCGCAAGCAUCGCUUGGAUGUAAGCGAUAUUUCUAAUAAAAAAAAGGCUAGGAUUGCAAAUGCGAGUGAAACAUCCAUGAAAUCUCUUGAAGAAUUCGAAUUAGUAUCUACUUUGGAUGAAGUGUCCAGAGUCGCUGAUUCAGAGAAAGUCAUCCCGAAAAAGUUGACAAAAAAUGAUUCCAAAAUGAAAAAUAAACAUUCGAAGUCAAAACUUUUAGACAAAGUUUCAAAACGGGGAAAAGCCAUUGAUACAGCAUCGCUAGAAAAAAUUGAAACGGAAAAUAUGGAAGAUAUAAUAAAAGUGAAGAAGAAGAAGCUUCUCAAAUUGACAAACUCUACUUCCAAAAUGACCGAGGAAAUCACGACAAAGUCGAAGGUGUUCACUUCCACGAAGUCACAAGGAAUGAACCUUGAUUUAGAUGUACUUAAGCAGAAGAAAAUAUUUGAAAAUAAAAAGUCGCGAAUCAAUAGAAAAAAUAAAACAUUCACGAAUGGUGAAAUCUUUCAAAAAAGUCAAUCAAAGCAAAAGUGAACUUAGGAUACGUCAACUUCGCGCGGUCGUUUGAACUCAAGUGAAAACGAAUUGCAAAUGAAGUGUAUAAUUUUUAAUAAAAAGAAAACCUUUCGUAACAA